AUUAAUGAAGACAAAUUUCAAAGAACCGCCAUUUUGUUGGAAAACGAAAGUUUCAGUCACGUGCUCAUUCUACUAUUCCAGACGCAAAUCACAAUGGACAAACAUUACGAUGUGUUAGUUAUCGGCUCGUGCAAUGUCGAUCUUAUUAGUUAUGUGCAUAGAUUUCCUAAGGCUGGUGAAACAAUAUGUGGAUCAAAGUUUGCAAUGGGUUGUGGAGGAAAAGGUGCCAACCAGUGUGUUAUGGCUGCAAAAUUAGGUGCACGUACUGCUAUGAUUGGAUGUAUUGGUGAUGACAGUUUUGGAGAUAUGUACAUGAAUAAUUUUAAAUCCCUUCAAGUUAAUACAGAUCAUUUGCAUGUGGUUAAAGAGAUGUCAACUGGUGUCGCACCCAUCACUGUAAAUAGCGAAGGGGAAAACAGCAUAGUCAUUGUGAAAGGAGCUAACGAUUGCUUAACUAAGCAACACCUGUUACAGGCUGAAGAAUUGAUUCGGGGUUCUAAAGUUGUAUUGUUUCAGCUUGAAAUCGAUCUUGAUGUUACUUUAUCUGGAAUCAAGUUAGCGAAAAAAAAUAAAGUAACAACGAUAUUCAAUCCUGCACCAGCUGUUGACAAUUUACCAAUUGAAUUUCUUCAAAACUCCUCAAUACUGUGCUGCAAUGAAACCGAAGCUGAAAUACUAACGAAAUGUAACGUCUCUUCUCCGGAAGAAUGCCAACAAGCUGUGCGAACAUUGUUGGGUAUGGGACCUGAGCGCGUUGUUUUAACACUUGGUGCAAAAGGUGCAAUGUUCGGAACUAAAGGAUAUGACGAUGUCCAACAAGUUCGUCCUGAUGAGUCAGCAGUCAAUAAGGCUGUUGAUACCACGGGCGCUGGUGAUUGUUUUGUUGGAACACUAGCCUUCUGUAUUGCUAAAAAACCGGAACUGGAGUUCAAAGAAAUGAUUAAAAGAGCUGUUGAUAUAGCCUCGAUUUCAGUUAGUAGACCUGGAACACAGACUAGCUAUCCUACAAACAAUGAGCUACCUAAUAAUCUGAAAUAGAGAACACUGAAAAGGAAGUUUUCUACUUUCUAAAUCAACCAUGUGAUUAGUUGUAAUUUAUCAUGUUUCUCCUUCACUUGUUGCAUCAGAUUGUUCAUUCUUGAUUUUUCUCUCUUUUAUGUUUUUAACCUUUUCGCGCCAUAGUAUUUUUUUUUGAAAAAAAGCUCUAAAUUUGUAAAUUUUUGGUCAAGAACUUCUGGCCAUAUCUCCCUUCCACGAGUUUGACACUGCUUAAAUGUAUAUUAAAUUUUCUUUCUUAUGGGGCCUUUGUUUUUUUUCUUAAUAUUGAGUGGUCACCAGUUACGGCAAAUAUUUUUACCUUGUUCGGCAUCUAAGGGUUAAUGUAAGUUACUAAUCAAUAUCCUUCGGUCUAACAUUUUAGAAAUAUUGUUUUAUAUGAUUGAGUUUACUUUAAAUUGAGUACUAAUAACAGUAUUUUUUUGGGGGAGUUACCUUAAAAAAUGCGUUUUUGCAGAACUUAUUUUUGCGAUAGGCCUAAAAUGUAUUUAACGCCCACUCUCUAUUUAACGCCUCUCUCCAAUAAACUCCCACCGUAAAACAUCAAAAGCCGUAUUAAACGCCCCCUUUCCAUUUAACGCCCUUCUUUAUUAGACGCCAAUCACAUAUUUUAUGCUAAAGGGGCGUUAAUUAGAAUUUUUAGUAUAUUUACAUUUAUUUCUAGUAAUAAGUAGACAGUUACAAAACAUUCUGUAGUUUGAUUUUUUUUAUGUUUUAUUUCCAGCGUAACAAAUUUUUGUUUUCGCUUGUACAGUUCUUCAUCUAACCACUGCUGUUCUUUUGCAAUAUGUGUAACAAUCGUACUUAAUUGUUUUUAAUUAACGCCCCUCUCCAAUAAUUCAAAUGCGAAGCUAAUGUUUGCGGUUGGAGUUUUUUUUAAGAGGAGAUUUUGCAUUUUGUAUAUUACCAUGGGAAAGUGGCAACAUAAGGAUCAAGGAUUAAGUAAAAUACACUAAGCUUGAACCUUAUUGACUUUUAACUCGAAUAUGGGCUUACUCUUUAAAAGUUUGAAAUCUUUUCACGAUUAAAAAUUGCGGAACCUUUCUUUAGAUUAUUCAACUUUUGCGAAACUUAUUAUGCGAUUUGCUCUGAAAAGUAUAAUUUUACAGAGCUCAAUUUUUCAUAUCAAAUGCCUAAACUAAUUUUUAGUCAUUGUGGAUUUUUAAUGUUGACCAAAAUUGUUGGGUCAACAGCAACCUUUUUGGGUUUCUGCGAUACGUAUUUGCGAAACGAAUGCUUUUUUGUUCAAUACUUCUCAUGUUAUUUAUGCCUAAUUGUAGUGGUGGAUGAGCAACACCAAAUUUCGGGAAACUUUUGUCACCCAUUUCAACCUACCCCGUAUUAUAAAUUCGUAAAAUCCACCUACCCUUCUCUACCCCCAUCCCUCCCUACUCUUUAUUUAUACAGAUUGAAAUUUGGGAAAUUAAAAAGAAGCCUGCAAAAAUGUCAUAAGGAACAAACAUUCCUUUUGUGGUCGCGUAUAAUGUUUUCACGGAGCGACAUUUUGUUUUUCGUUUUUUUCGCGUUUAUUCAUUCCCUAACCCUCUGACUGCAUAAAUGCGGUAUUUUGAUUUGUUAAAAAAACAAUGAAAUAUAAUUACGUGUGACGUUUUCGUUAUAUAAUAAUAAAACCCGCAUGGUCUGUGAUAAAGUUUCUAGCGCUUUCUCUUCUUUACAAAAAUCUUCACAGAAAAUUUUGCGCUGCAGAAGAAUUUUUUCCUGCGCAAGUUAGUCUCCAGUCUGUUUGUUUGUUUUAAUUGUAUAAGGGUGGAAGUCUAUGCUUUAAGUUUACCAGGGGAUGGGUAAAAUUGACAAACUCUGAUUUUUUUAAAAAAACAGCGAUGAACCCCCUCUUUUCUUAUUAUCUUCUGUGAAAACAUAACUUCGUUAAUGUACAAUUCGUAGAUAAUCGUAGUAUGAAACAAAAUAGAAGUAUAAAACAAGAUUUUUCGAUGCCUAUAUCUCCAACGAGAAUGCAAUUUGGUUAAUCUCUCGCACGAAACUAAAAAUAUGAACAUUUGAAUUUCAAAUUAGUAGAAAAAAGAAAGUUCUUGUGAUAACGACGCGAAAAUAAAGCGUUUUUAUCUUGGAAAUUCUCUAUUUACGUUGAUUAUUAAAAAAAGUUGCGAAGUGUAUCAACUUUGAAGUGCAUUUGCCAGGGGUAAGGUUUUUCUAUUUUUUCUAAUUUUUGUUAUUUCCACUUUGCAAAGGAUAGUAUUUUAAUAUUCAACGACUGUCAAACGCAUUUUUGGUUGUUAAUAUUUUUGGGGGAGGUCAAUUUGUCAAAAUAGGGUACUUUAGCGCGUUUUAACCAUGUUUUGAUGGCGCAUUUGCCAGGGCAAUUUCUUUUUAGUUUUUAAUAGGUUUAGGUUUUCUACAAAGCUUACGUGCUAUAUUUAUGGAAUCAUUGACUGUCAGUGGGAAAAUGUGAAGUAUUUUUAAGAAAAUGCAUCUCAAGGAAAAAAAAUCAGUUUUUUUGUGUCGUGCACUAUAUAUUUUCAAAUGUGAAGUCGUUCUACUGUAAGAAAACCCCCUGUUUUUUUAAUUUUUUUCUAAAAUGGUAGCAAAACAUGUCGUCCCGCCUCCCCCUGUUCAUUUUAACAUAAAGGGAUUAAAGCAAAUAACUUUAAAGUCAUUUGCCUCGCCUAAGAUAAAUAAAACACUGUUUUUAUAAAUCGAAAGGACAUAGAAGAAAGAAGAAGACAAGAAACAAAUUCACUAAAUAUAACAGUUUAGAAAUACUUUCUGACAGAAAGCUCCAACUAUUUCCACUCCCUCCACUAUUUCUGACGUAAAGAAAUUACACCCAUAUCUUUUUUUAGAAACUCAAACCGAUUGAUUAAAUUUUUGUUGCCGCUCUCGUUGGAUUGCUGUGUCUUUAUAGCGUUUAAAAGUUUUUUUUAAAAAUUGUUUUAGGAGCAUAAAACAUUGCACGGCUAAAAAUUUGCUGACAUUUUUAGAUUUUACUCUCGCGAAAACUAUUUCUCUAGUGGGAAAAGAUAUUGUAUACCUUUAAACAAUUACGGAAAGCUGAAAGUUUAACCAAAUUGCUAUUAAACGUCAAGGAUGAUAAUUGCAUUAUUGUUUUCCAGCAUUCCAACACGAAAUUAAUUACGCGCGUUUUAAUUAAAAAUCGUUGUUGCAAAUUCAAGUCGAGCAUAUUGUUUGUCGUAGAAAACUUUGUCAUCAAAUCUGAAAGAUGUUUGAAGCUUCUAACAACGAGGAAAGACAACACAUUCAAAUGUCUGGCAAAAAAUCUUACUUGGUUCUACUCGUCAAAAUAUUUGCUUGGUUGGCGAUUCUCGAUGUAGCCAUCACAAUAAUAACAGCCAUGUAUGCAUUUCUCAAGGACAAUCCGCAUUCGAACACAAAACUUAUGCUUGCUGUUAUGAUUUUCAAUAAAACCACCCCGACCGUCAUUAUAUCCGCCAUUUUGAUCGGUUCCAGCACGCAUUCCGACCGGAUAGAUGGUUCAGCUGGUUGGGUUAUUGUGAUGUUGUUGAAUUUUUUUUGGGAUGUAUGCUUUUUAUUCGUUGGAGUAAAGUAUUUAAAGUACGAGGGGAGAAUCAAAACAACGGAAUCUACCAAAAGCAUCUUGUUUUUGAUAUUUUAUAAGAUUUUUUUUGUGUUUUUCUUCCUGGUUUCUGCUAUCUAUUCGUACUUGUUUAUCAACACACAUCCAAAGGAUCUGUAUAAAAGGCGGAAAAGCAGUUACAACGCAAUUCCAAGAAAUCGAAUCACAGAGUAAUCCCCACUCUUAAUGUGAAGGUAUUUUGAAAAAUGACUUUGUUUGGACAAUAAGUGUUAUACUUAAAAUCCCGACCGUAUUCAAGAAAUUAAAAAGCCAGAGCGUGGAAACCAAACUGCUUCAUCUUAAACACAAAACGGAAAAAUAUUUAUUUGUAAAUUUUCUUUUUUUCUUUUUUUUUUUUCGUUUCAUUAAAAAAAAAGUUCUCUCAAAUUUUCUUGUUUCAAGUUGACAUACAGCUUAGUAUACCAUAUUGGUUCAGUAUUUCAUGGCCGACGGAUUGUUUUGAUACUUGUGGGACAACAUGGCGACUUCUGAAAAUUUAAAAACUUAGGUCCUCCAGAUUGGUUAAAAUUCAAAUCCUGAGAUUUUUUGCUGUUUUGUUAGAAUUAGUAAAAUCGUUUUUCGAAGCUAUCUUACCCUUGUGUUUAAUGUUUGUUUUCUGGUUGUAUCUUGAAAAUAAAAUAACUUACUUUUUAACAA